AUGUUUAACCAUUCGUACACGAGCGACGCUUCACGCAACUACAGCGCUCCAGAAGUAAACCCUAUCAAGCCUGAAAAGAACAACCCAGAGGACAAAGCUGGCUGCCAGGACUGGCCGUAUGCAGUGUUAUUUGUGCUGAAUGUUGGUGUCAUUAUUGCGUUGAUGGCCUUGUGGGGCGUUAAGACGGUCACAGACUCGCAAGGCAGUUCAAGUGAAUUGCUGUCGGGCGACGAUACACGAGUUGUGGUGAGCAUUGCCGUUGGAAUGGCCGUUAUCUCUAUGACGCUUGCACUUACAAUGGUCAAACUCAUUGUCGCUUAUGCACGCGUUAUGAUUCUUUUCGUGCUCUGGUUUAACGUCGGCAUUUCCUGUGCAUUCGCUGCAUAUGGAUUUAUCAUUGGCAAUCUUUUCAUCGCCAUAUUUGGAGUUUUAAUUGCCUUAUUACACAUUUGCUAUGCACGUGCAGUACAACAUCGCAUCCCUUUUGCAGUUGCUAACCUUCGAGUGGCUGAAGGAGCAAUUUCUAAGCAUGGAUCUACGUACAUUGUGUCCGUUGUUUUCACGGUUGUCCAAAUAGUUUGGGUUGUCAUCUGGUCCAUGGCGCUAGUUGGUGUUGCGAACGAAAUCGCUGAAAAUGAGCCGGAUAACUACGCAAGCAACACAUCGUCUACAAGAUCUACAUCCAGACAACCACGUGGAUCCUAUGCCGCGUUUUUCUUCUUGCUUUUAUCGUUUUAUUGGGGACUGCAAGUUUUUAAGAAUGUUGCUCACACAACUGUUGCUGGUACCGUUGCGACUUUCUGGUAUCAGGCAGAGUCAAAGGGAGCAACGGCUGCGUCUCUAAAGCGAGCGACGACGACAUCGUUCGGCUCGAUAUGCUUUGGCUCAUUGAUUGUAGCGUUUCUACAGGCACUUCGUGCGCUGGCAGAAAAUGGUCGUCAAGAAGGAAGUGCAAUGGCAUGUUUUGCUGAGUGCAUCUUGGGUUGUCUGCAAUCUUUGAUGGAAUACUUUAAUCGCUGGGCGUACGUUUAUGUCGGUAUCUAUGGCUACAAGUUUACGCAAGCUGGCAAAGCUGUGUUUGAGCUGUUCAAGCAGCGCGGCUUUGAUGCUAUUAUUAAUGACGACCUUAUCGGCAACGUGCUCGGCUUUGCAGCUCUGGGUGUUGGACUUAUUUGUGCCGGUGCUGGCGCAUUGAUUGCGGAGACAACUGACGCGAUGAGUUUUCACGAUAGCACUGUAUUCUUAGCCGUAUUGGGUCUCGUGGUUGGCAUUGGUGUCGCUGUCACGCCACUUGCCGUCAUCGACAGCUCGGUCGCCACAAUUUUCGUGUGUUUUGCUGAAGAUCCUGCUGCGUUUCAGCGCUCGCAUCCAGACUUGUAUGCGCCGCUGGUUCAAGAGUGGCACAAUCUUUAUCCUGAGGUCAUGGUGCAGGCUGGAUAUUGUCUAUUGUUUUUUGUAUCAACAAAUACGGCUACGUCUAUGUCUUCGUUCUUUAUCGAUGAAGCGACCACGAAUGUUUUAGCUCGGCAAAUCACACAAUUCAGUCACGAAGGAACAAAUGGUACGAAUUUAGACACCGAAAAGAUUAGCUCCGAGAGGCUAGACAUGACGACGGUUAUCCACUUUGUUGCCAUUGUAUUGCUCAUCAUCAUGUCGGCCAUUGCAUCGGGUCUUACACUGGGACUUUUGUCGCUGGACAAAGUGAGUUUAGACGUGAUCGUUCGUGCUGGAGGUCGUCCUGGAGCUACAUUAGAUGAGAUGAAGAAGGCUAGAGCAGCUAAGCGCAUCCUACCCGUCCGAGCAGACAGUAAUUUAUUGCUUACGACGUUAGUGCUGACUACUGUGGCAGUAAAUAGUCUUUUAUCGAUUUUAAUGGCCGACUUGACGAAUGGUCUUGUGGGUUUCUUCGUCUCGACCAUCCUCAUUGUCCUUUGUGGUGAGAUCAUCCCGCAGUCACUUUGUUCACGUCAUGCAUUAAUAAUUGGAUCGACAUUCGUACCAUUUGUACGAGUAUUGCGACUUGUAUUAUACAUAUUUGCAAAACCAGUAAGUUAUGUGUUGGACCGUACAGUUGGUGAAGAUGUGGGCACAGUGUUUACAAAACGUGAGCUACAAAAACUUGUGGAAAUUCACGUGAAUCAAAAGAUUAUGCACCCUGAAGAGGGAUUCAUUGUUAGAGGAGCAAUGCGCUACAAGAACAAGGUUGUGAGUGAUAUCAUGAUUCCAGCUCGGAAAGUGUUUUCCCUUCCGAUAUCCUUUACGAUGUUAAAUUUCUCAUGUCUUUAA